AUGCGUUUAUGCAUUCCCUCUUUGCUAUUGUUAUUUUUCUUUCUUUUCCUUUUUGCCGCGCUUCCGCCGCGAAAGACGCGCAGCGAGGCGGGGCGCAUCUCCGGGCGCGGCCGCCAUCUCUUUUUUCCCUUCUCCCUCUUUUUUCGCUUCGGCUUCUCCGGUCGGUUGCAGGUCGCGCGCCGCUUGUUGGCCGCCGCCACAUACGCGGCGCGUUCGCGUGGGCAGCAGGCGCAGGAGGCGCUGCCGCGACGGCGGCUUGCGGCGAAAAGGUCCCGCCGCCGGCGCGACCGCGGCCCCUCCUCGAGGCACCAAACCCUGAAUAAUCCUGCUGCCACUCCCCCACAGCCGACCUCGCGGCGCACCCUUUCUUUUUUUUCUCUUCUCGAAGUUCUGGCGAGGCGCUGCCGGCCAAAGGGCACUCGAAGGGUAAGGGCAAGAGGACUGUGCGGAAGGGCUCCGAAGGCGAGGGAACGGGCCCGAUACGGCUGGUGGCGCUUAUGGCGGACGCGCCCCAGCAGCCGGCCCGCGGCGAGGGACCGCGGGAAACGGCCGGCGGCGAAGGGGCGCCGCGCGUUCUCGACUUUCCGCGGGGAGCUAGCGCUGGAUUUGCCGACGCCGUGCGCGGGUCGCGGGCGCUCGGCGCGACGAGCGGUCCUCCGAGCGGCACCGGCCUGCGAAGAUGGAUCAGGCGAGCGUGGGGAGCCCUGA